AUGCCCGGCUUCGUCCUCACCAAAGACCACGUCCGCAAAGCAUUCUCCCACCUAGGGGAAAUCCAAGACCUCGAGCACCGCAAAAAGUUCCUCACAGAGUACACGGUCCCCAACGUCACAUGGACCUGCACCGGCAGCGCGCACUCGCUGGCCGGGACGCGGCACAGCGUGCAGGCCCACGAGGACGCCACCUUUAAGCGGCUGGGGCGAAACCUCACGGGCCCCAUCAAAUUCACGGCAACAAGAGUCAUUGUCGACGCGGAGCGCGAACAGGACGGCUGGUGGUGCACCGUCGAGACCAAGGGCGAGGCCACCCGGACCACGGGCCAGCCGUACAACAACGAGUACGCCUGGCUGAUGCGCUGGAACGACGAGGGCAAGAUUGUCGAGAUACGAAGCUACUGGGACACCAUGCUCUCUGAAAAGGUCCUCCUGGGACAAGAAUGA